AUGCUGCUCAUCGGACUUACCGGCUCCAUCGCGACGGGCAAGUCGACCGUGUCGGCCCUGCUCUCGUCGCCGCCGUACUCGAUGCCGGUUGUCGAUGCGGACCUCCUUGCCCGCCAGGUCGUCGAGCCCGGCACUUCGGGCUACAAGGCCAUCGUAGCGCACUUUGGGUCCUCGACGCCGGACCUCCUCCUCCCACCGAUCCCUGAGGGGCAAGACAGCGUGCCGGCGGCCGGGCCGGUGCCGAGGCGGGAGCGGGCGCGGGAGGAGAAGCACGGGCGGCCCAUCAACCGUGCGGUGCUGGGGCGGCGGGUCUUUGGCGACGAGCCGGAGCGGCGGGCGGACCGGGCGGCGCUCAACGGCAUCGUGCACCCGGCGGUGCGGCGGGCCAUGUACAGGGCGCUGCUGCGGCACUACCUCUCGGGCCACCGGGCCGUGGUGCUCGACGUGCCGCUGCUCUUCGAGGCCGGCAUGGACCUCAUGUGCGGCGCCGUGGCCGUCGUGGCCGUGCGGGACCCGGCCGUGCAGAUGGCGCGGCUCCGGGCGCGCGACCCGCACCUGUCGCAGGAGGACGCCGAGAACCGCGUGCGGUCGCAGGGCGACGUGCGCGACAAGGCCAGGCGCUGCGAGGCGCGCGGCGCCGGCAGGGGCGCCGUGGUGUGGAACGACGGCGACAGGGCCCAGCUCGAGCGCGAGGUCGCGCGGGCCGUCGACGAGAUCUACGCGCGCAGCCCGGCCUGGUGGAGCUGGGCGCUGCUGCUGUGCCCGCCGCUCAGCGUGGCCGUCGGGGCGUGGAGCUUUUGGCAGAACAAGCGCAUCAACCGCAGGUGGAGGGAGACGGAGGAGAAGGAGAGGGCGAAGCUGUAG